CCUAAUCAGCGAUCACGAAAAGUUAUCCUGCAAAUUACAAGGUGUCCUGGACGAAAGAAGGACGCCAAAUGUAACCACGAAAAAGGAAAGUCAAGCAUUCUUGCGGACAUGGCAGGAAAAGAAGAGAAUCAAGAGCCAGAGAAGAAAGAUAAAAGUGUGCAAACGACUAAAAAUUGGGAAACUCCUCGUAGAAAUUAUGAGCCCGGCAGUAAAAGGAGGAGACUCAGCUCAGACAAGACCGAAAGUAUUGAACCGGAAGCGACGACGACGACUUCGAUGAAGCACGACGACAUCUUCAACGAGUUCAUGACGGUGAUGAACGACCCACUCCUGGACCUGAACGACUCCUGCUCGGCGCACAAGGAGCUCAAGCUGGACUUCCACAACUUCCGGCCGCGGCGGGUCAUGGAGCUCCUGGUGGACCGGGCGUCGUCGACCAACACCUCGCCCAAGGAGUUCUUCGAGGAGAUGCGGCGCAUCAUCCACUCCCGCUUCGGCGAGGGCGAGGGCGAGAGUGACGAGUUGGACGACACCUCAGUCGACCGGUUAGAGGGCAAGUACAGCAUCACCGAGACGGGAAACGCCCCUGACGUCAUCACCCCGUCCAGGCUCUGCUUCACGUUCCCGCAGUUCGCGGUGGCUGUCAAACGCAACUCCAUCGUCCACAAGAUCAGGUCCCUGCAGAUGGAGUACUCCCCCAGGUUCAUCGACAUCCUGCCUCUGUUCUACCUCCCCGAGUUCGGCGGCCUCAUCCCGAGUAGGAACACCCUCGAGAAGGAGGUUUGGGAGGCCCUGAUCACGCUCCACGUCUACGCCAUGUACAAGCUCAACCAGCCGGAGCCGUUCCAGAACCCGGUCUCCGUCUACGCCCGGCAGAUGCUCCUCAAACGCGGGAUCGCCACGGGUCUCCUCUCGAACGAGCAAAGGCUCUACUACCUCCUCCACAACAAGGUCAUCGUCUCCGACCGGGAACUCUCUUACAGCGCCGAGAAAGCAUACCGUGAGCUUCUCCAGUCGAAAUCCUCAUUCACCAGGCAAAUCAAUUUUAACCUUAUUGAUUAUUAGUUAAAUGUGAGAAAGCACUCACUGGAAAAAAAACACAUUGGAUCUAGAGUCCAGACUCUUAAAAAC